AGAAACAGAACACAAGCCAGGCUUUAUCCUUCUUGUCUGUCCUGCUCACUCAGACCUCACAGGAAACCUCCUACUCCCCCAACCUUCGCGCUCACCUUCAUUUCCCACACUUUUUACUUUUACACACAGAGUCCCACCAGCUGAGUCUGACCAGAGAGGAUGGCUGCAUCCAUGUGGGGAAUGAAUGGGCUCUGCAGAAGGAUGGCUGGAGUUCUGGUGCUCUGCACUCUGUUACUUAGCUGUGAGGUGAUGUGUCAAGAUGAUGCACCAACAGAUGCACCAGCUGGAGAUGCCAGUGGUACGACAGUUGCUGCAGACGCCGGUGACGCUUCAGGUGCCACUGCUGCUCCAGAUGCAGGUGCCACUCCCACUGCUGCUGCUGGAGGAGACUCUGAUGCUUCUGCUGCUCCUGGAGAUAGCUUAUCCUUAACAACCAACACAAACUUGGCCCUGAAUCCCGACAGCCAGGAUGGAGGCACCUCGGUGAUCACUGCUGCUCCUGACCAAGUCAAUCCUGUCGUCACAGAUAACUCUGCUGUUGUUAGAACUGUUGUGCCUGAUGUGAAUUGUGUUGGGGAGGAGCUCAGCCCAGAAAGUAUUGCUAUCAAGGCUGAAGUAGCAACAACUGACUGUGAGGCAACGAAACUCAUUAUUCAGGAAAACCCUGCAGCCUGGUGCGACAAGGAAAACUGUAAACUUGAAAUCUUCCAAGAGGGCAACAAAGUGUCAGUGGCCAGCAAUGAUGCUAAGGCGAGCACCUUGGCUGAAGCCCUCCAGAGUAAAACUUUGAAAGACAAGCUUGGUUUGACAAAGGCUGAGGUCCCGUCAUCAUCAAAUUACUCGGUAUUUGUGGGAAUUCUGAUCACUGGUCUGCUUGCUGCCCUUGCCCUCACCGUGGGUUACUUCAAAUGCCAACGUAGACCUGACCCCAAGGGAGCGAAGCUGGCAGAGGAGGCCUAUCCAGCGGAUCAGGAGAAUCAGGGGAACACUCUUGUGUCUGUGGCCCCUCUCAAUCCCCCUCCUGAAACCCAGGAGAAACCCAGCGUAAAUGGAGAGUCCCCCGAGGCCGCAAAGACCCAGCCUCCUCCCCCUACCAACGGCCACUCGACUGCCAAGACGGCCGACACUGAGCUGUGAAAUAGUCCAAAAAUAAUUGCAGCCCAGGAACUACCCCCACAACGCACUCAUCCAUACUCCCACACACACGUCUAUGCAAACACACCUCCUUUUCUGAAUCCACUCCUACCCAACCACACAAGAGGCCACAGUAAAGUGGACGUUAGGGACUAGAUCAAGCUCCCACAUCACCACUCCUGUUGCUUCAGUGUUCUUGCCUCCUCCUUUGGCUAUGUGCCUCAACAAACAUCAGGAAAACUAGUCUGAUGACGACAAUAAAGGCAGAGAUGAAUGAUGUCGGUGAUGACGAAGGCUCAGUCCCUGGGUUGUUGACGGCAGUCAGGCUGGAGACAAGAGACAGGAGGAGGGCCGAUCUGGGUGCAAAGAGAGUGAAUUCUAGCAUUAAUCAGCACUGGCUCCCAUGAUCACUGCUGCCUCUGGAUUCACAGCACUGAGCUGUCAAGCCCAACAGGUCAUCUGGUUUAAAGCUCCAACCAAAUCUUCUAGUAGUGAAGCACAUGAAUAAAAUUGUUGCUUAGUUUAAUGUAAAGCCAUGACAGACAGAUAGGAAAUAAAUCACACUGCCUUGGAAUCUGUUUACAAACUUCUCGGAGAGAAAAUACAUCAGGCUCUUAUCUUGUGCGUCUGAUUGAGUUAUCGAUCGUGUAAGUGUGCGAAUAUGUGUGCGUGAGUGUGCUGCUAUGAAAUCCUGCAUGUGUGUGUUAACAUAUACUUGCAUCUGUACUGUGCAUGGACUGUAUAUAUACAUGCAACUAAGCUUCUCUUGCUUACUGUACUGUAUGUGUGCUCGAUGAUGAGUGAGAGAUUUUGAUUAACUGUGUGACUGAAUGAAGAGUCUGAAUGUGCAUGUGACAUUAGCCUUGUAAAAUGUACAAUUUUGUAAAAUGAGUUGACAAAGCGAUGGCUUGCUGAGUUGCAGUCGGUCCCCAUGCAGAGGCAGAGGGAGUUUUCUUGAAGAGAGGUAAUCACAAGGAAUUCUUUUACCACAACAAACUGUAGUGUGAUUAACCACAAAGCCAACAGGCCUCUUUACUGACUGUUUGACCAACAGACUCACGAAGGCUUCGGGCCUCUUGCUGUCACCUCUGUCCAUCCAUUUGUCAGUGUUAUUCUUAUUUCAAUAUAGUGUAUAUGCUCAUCUUGUUUUUAUCCUGUGUAUCCUCACUCACUAUGUUCAUUCUACGUGCCAAAGAUUUUCAUUUCAUAGCUCAUGUUGUACUUAAAUAUAUACUUUGUGGCACCUUCACAAUAUUUGAUCUUGGCUAUAUAACAUAAAGAAGUAUAUUCAAGGGCUGCGGCUGUUAGAAGGAAGCAUCUAAUGGCUCAAAUCUGUGACUUUUUUUUGUCCUGUAAAUACGAGACGUCAGUUCUUACUGACAUACCCGAGGUUAAACACAAAAGGAAUCUGCAAUAGAUAACUAGAGCAGGAAAAAAAAAGUGCUCUGUUAUACAAAUGGGAUGUCUUGCAUUGAUUUCUCCUUUUGAUCCAUCUUGUAUCUUUUCAUUGCUAACAUUCCAAUGUGACUGUUUAAUUUUACUAGCACUCUGUAUUUGAAAUUGGAUUGAAGAUGAAAAAAAUAAAAAGUGAAAAAUAAAUGA